CCGCUUUAUUCACCUUUACAUGUCCUUCCUCACCAAACAUUGGUCGGCUUAAAAGCUCUCCAAAAGACCAAUGUCCAUGUGCACAUGCCUCUAUGGCUCUAUAUAUAAUACAUCUUCAUUUUCAGAUAUACCAUAGCUAGCGAACUCUAUCGACAAAUAUAGAAUCUUCAUCUCCAAGAACCACAAACAUCAUUAGAUUUAAUGGCUAUGGCUAGUAGUAGUAGCAGCUCGUCGUUGUUUCCUACACAACAACAACCGCAACAGCAAUUAGGAGGCAAUGAGAUCGUACCUACGGCUACCAAUGCCAAUCUAAUUGCAGCACCAAACGCUCCAAACCAUUACUCCUCCGGCUCUAUUGGACCCUUCUUCGCAGUCAUCUCUGUUCUCGUCGUUCUUGCAGUUCUCUCUUGCUUCUUGGGUCGUAUAUGUGCAAGGCGCCGCCAGGGUACUGUUUUAGUUGCUGAAGCCAAUCCAUUGGAGAUGAUAAAGAGUGGUGGGCUCUUAGGAUGGCUGAGACGAAAAUGGAGACGAUGUUUGGCCGGAGAUGUUGAGGCCGGAGCUAAAGUUGCUGAUUGUGCUGGUAAAGAAACACCUAAAGAUAACGAUCAAACUCGUAUAGAAGCACCUCCAGCUUGAUCUCAGUGCAUGUGUGAGUGAUAAAGUAAUAAGAGUAUCAACGUUUUAUGUAGAAUGUAAGCUAACUAUUAGCAUCACUGAAAUGGUUUUUUCAAUUCUUCACUUCGAUUUC